ACCGUUCGGCCAGGCUGUGGGCGUCGCGAGAAGACUGGCGCGCCCUUUAGCGUGUUGAGUCUGUAAGAAAUGGAAGCUGGCAAUGCACGAAUUUGAUCAUUCAGAGAUCCGAACAGUUGAGUCUGUGAAUGGCGCCAAAACAGGACCCUAAACCUAAAUUUCAAGAAGGUGAAAGAGUUCUGUGUUUUCAUGGGCCAUUGCUUUACGAAGCAAAGGCGGUGAAAACAAAUAUCAAGGAGAAGCAAAUUAAGUACUUCAUUCAUUACAGUGGAUGGAACAAAAACUGGGAUGAAUGGGUUCCUGAAAGCAGAGUACUCAAAUAUGUGGACAGCAACUUGCAGAAACAAAAAGAGCUUCAAAAGGCUAAUCAAAAUGCCGACGAUGACUCGAAGAUGGGAGAACAUAAAAAGCAUCAUGAUGUCGAAGGAAAGAUGAGGGGUGUAGCACCAAGCAAGAAGAUUGCUGCUGUGCAGCAGAAAAAUGUUGAUCUGAAAGCGAAAAAGACAAAACUGAAGUCACCCGGGGCUGGUGAAGGCACCAGCAUAGGAGAGAUGCCACAGCCUCCGCGGAAGAAGCGGGCUCGCGUUGACCCGACUGUGGAGUGUGAGGAGACAUUCAUCAACCGUGUUGAGGUCAAGGUGAAGAUUCCAGAGGAGCUGAAGCCGUGGUUAGUUGAUGACUGGGAUCUCAUCACUAGACAAAAACAGCUUUUUCAUCUGCCUGCGAAAAAGAAUGUGGAAUCUGUCUUGGAGGACUAUGCAAACUAUAAGAAGUCAAGAGGAACUUCAGAAAGCAAGGAGUAUGCGGUGAACGAGGUGGUGGCCGGGAUCCGGGAGUACUUCAACGUCAUGCUCGGCACUCAGCUGCUGUACAAGUUCGAGAGGCCCCAAUACGCAGAGAUACUGGCGGAUCACCCCGAUGCUCCCAUGUCCCAGGUCUAUGGGGCCCCACACCUUCUACGUCUCUUUGUGCGGAUCGGGGCCAUGCUGGCUUACACUCCCCUGGACGAGAAGAGCCUGGCUCUGCUGCUGAACUACCUGCAGGACUUCCUCAAGUACCUUGUAAAAAAUUCCGCCACCCUCUUCAGUGCCUGCGACUAUGAGGUGGCCCCGCCAGAGUACCAUAGGAAAGCAGUCUGAGUGGAGAGAGCAGGAAGGAGAACUAUUGAUCCCUUAAGGGAAUGGCAGGCCUCUUCCAAGACUACAUGUAACCCUCUCUAAGUCUUUGAGUGGAACGCUGGACAAUUUUAUUUUAUUUUUUGCUGAACACUUGAGGUCCUCAGGAGCCAGUUAUGUCUGGAUCAGAGCCGUGGCUUUUAAGGCAUACUGUUUUUAUUUCUCUCCCACAGGAUAUGUAAAACAAAUGAGACGGGCAUGUUUUUUUCUCCCAAUAUGGGGGUCUUAUUUUCAUGAGCAGCUCUGUAAUGUUUCUGUGCAUUCCAUAAGAUCUUUUUUGGCACUGUUUUUUUCCCUCAAUGACUUUGCAUGUGUUGAUUUUAUGGAUAUGUGUUGGCAUGAAUUACAUGCAAUUCGAUGCUAACUACAAUUUCUGUAGACUGUAAAACAAAUUCUAAUGUCUUUGGUGGAUACAUUAGCUGUGUAAUGGUUGGCUUUCCUUUUGUAAUAAAGAUGUUUCUACACAG